GGUAAACACGUCAAAGGUUCAAAAUGGCGGAUAGUGGACUUGGAGGUGUAUUGGAAGAUGAUACUAGCUGGUAAAAUAUAGAGCAGCGUAUAACAAAAAAUAUAGUCUUUAAGUCUCAGAAAUAUAAAUGUAUAAUUUUAAAUUUUAUUUAUUCUUUAUAAGUUCUUUGACACGUGGUUUUACCAACAUGUGUAAUAAUGAAAGUUCAAUAAAAAAAAAUAUAGAAAUAUUUUUUUUUUAUAGUUAUUAGUUAUUAGUUUAGUGAAUUAAAAUUAAGUAAGUUUUAAUAAUUGUUGGCUCAGCACAGUGGAGAGUUGACAAUGCCAGUCCUGUGACUGUGAGUGAUCUAUCCCUAGGAUAAGCUUACACAGUAGCUUCAUACCGAGGAUGCAUACCGAGCAUGUUGACACCCUCACAGGGGGCUGAAACUUAAUACUUGACUUAAAUAGAACAUUAUAGUUAUAGUUAUAGAAUAGAGCUUGCCCAAAAUACUCAGAUCAAUAUUUCAUAACAACACUCCAGAUCAAAGUUUGUGUCUAAGUUAAAUAAAUUAAAUACAAGACUAAAUACAAGAGCAGCAGAGUGACACCAGAAAAAGCCUAAAACAGGUGACACCACAACAGAGUGCCAACAGAGCAGUGGUUUAACUGUGCACGGAGACAAAAGAUGUUAAAGUCAAUGUGGAUGUCAUUGUCAGGAAUGUCAUUGCAGGGUUUGUUUGUUUUGGAGUGGGGGGGGGGGGGGAUUUUGGUUUUUGGGUUUUUUUUUUUUGGGGGGGUUUAACUGUGCACGGAGACAAAAGAUGUUAAAGUCAAUGUGGAUGUCAUUGUCAGGAAUGUCAUUGCAGGGUUUGUUUGUUUUGGAGUGGGGGGGGGGGAAUUUGGCUUUUUGAGUUGUUUAUUGCUGGAGGAGCAACAGCGAAUAGUAAUUGAAAUAAAACCAGCAAAUGACAUCCCUGGUUGUGAAUCAUGAAUUCACCUCACACUCACUGGCCCAGUGCCAGUUACUAACAGAAAACUUUUAUUUUGUCUCUAGUCUAAUGAGUAAAUAUUUAUUUUUAAAAGAGUGCAUAUGAUUUAAAAUAAAAAUCAUUAACAGUCCUGAAUCCUUUAGUCUUAAGUGUAACCAAACUCUCAACUGUAAUUGUAAUGGUAGCCCUUGUCUUAUAAAAUUAUGGCUAUCUUACUAUGAGUGACUGUAUGUUACACAGUAUUGAGUAGUUACUACACUAAAGUGAAGCUAAGGCCAAAUGAAUUACCCCCCAACUUCUUUUUGUUUAAGUUAAGUAGGUAAGACACUAAAAAAAAACAAUAGUAAUAGUUCUAGCCUAAGCUUCUAAACAUUUAGAAUUGCAGUCCACGCCAUCAGGUUUAUGUGCAUGAUGUAAGAUAAUAAUGACACUUAUUGACUUAGAGAUGGGUUCUGUUCAAUCAUGGUUCUAGAGCAGGGGUCUCAAACCGAAAUCAUCCGCGGGCCACAGGAGGUAGAGUCUAAGUGCGACUGGGCCGCAACAAGUAUUUCACAAAAAAGUGAUUACAAAUUCAAAAAAGCACAACUAUUACAAUCUACUCUACCUUUGUUAUUGUUAAUAACAAAUAAAAACAUUAAGGGUUCUCGAGACCUAGGCUACACUUUCUUCCGCCUACUCUUUGUUGCCAAAGACCUGGCAGCGCUUCUCCUUAUACAGCUGAGCAACAUAAUUUGGCUUGAGAGAGGAAGCAACUGAGACCCUCAGUCUAGCUUAAAGAUGCUCAUCAGUAUGUUUGGUCAUGAACUUUGAUUUGUUAAAGUUCAUAGUGGAAAAGAGCUUUUCACACAGAUGUGUACUCCCAAAAAAAGGCACAUGAUCUGAUUGAAUAACCUGGAAAUCUCAGUGAAGGUGGAGGGCAAUGCUCACAUAAAUUGUCCAUGAUUGUCAGUGUUUCCCUUCACCUCCCUGAACUUAGAAUUGCAAUGAAGAUCAAUCAGCUCGGUUUACAACGUUUUUUUUUAAAAGGGGGGGGGGGUGUCAUCUUCCACAUUAAAGGAAAAGGGGUCAGCAAAAGUUGAUCUGUGUUUUAAAGUGUAAAAAAAUGUGAUCAAAUUCUUUCUGUAGCUUUGCUAUGGCAUCAUUAUACUGACUCGGUACUAAUGAAUGGUGUGCCCAAGUCCAUGAGUACUUUGCAUGUUAGGAAAUAGCAGAGGUUUCUUUAAGUACCAUAACAUAAGUUUUGUGCAGAAUGCCCUGACAUUGUCAUAGUCAUAGGCAACACUGACAAGCUGCGCCUGUUCUUGUAACUUCUUGAUGAGUACAUUUAGCUCCUGUGCAAUGUCAACAAGAAAAGCCAAGUCCAUGAGCUAUUUGGGUUUAUUUAAUACAGGAACUACCACCCCACUCUUCUCCAUGAAGGCUUUUAAUGCUAAAACGUGCUUAAACAGUAGGCAGGAGCAGGCAAUAAUUAUGUAUUAUUGAUGCGAAGGAAGAUGCUAUUGUAGGGAGAAUGAAUUAAGAUUUUUUAUCGUUGCAAAGGCCUUUUUGACUAACCCUAUUGAAAGUGACCAAGCUGACAGGCUCGGAAUUCCCCUCACUUGUAAACACUAGGAUUGCUAUGAUGUACACAAUUAUGGUGCAUUACCCAAUAAUUGACUUUUUAAACUUUUCUCAAAACUGCUUUUUGGCUAUGUUUGUCUCAUAAAAUUCAAUAAAAUAAAAAUGUUUAGUCCUUAGUCCGGCUUUAAAAAGAUUUUUACUAUUAUAAUCAACGUCCAAAUCUAUCCAAACAUUAAAAAAAAUCAGAAUGAGACUAGUCGGUGAGAUUUGACUGAAACCGUUGCGGAGGGUCACAUUAUAGAUAUAAGAAUGGGGAAAACAUGCGGGCCGCGCUAACACUAAAUUUUGCUGUCAUGUAGUGGGCAAAAAAAUAUUGUCUUGCGGGCCGCAAAUGGGCAGCGAGUUUGAAAACCCUGGUUUAGAGAGAGAUAUGCGCGUAACCAGGUUAAAGUGCUGUUCAGUUGCGUAGAUUAUUUCUUAACAAAUUUUAUCGCGUGUAAACUUUAGUGGAUUCGUUAGUAAAUUAACUCCAGUCAGUAAUGGUUAACUAACACUAAAUUGUACAGCCCAAACUUGUCUUUUAUUUGAAUUCUAAAACAUCUUUGAACAGCCCCCUACCCCUAUUGGUACAUAGCCCGUGUCUGAUCUUCCCAUUUGUCUUUUUUUUCACCCUAUAUACUAUAUGCCAGAUUUUUUCAUCUAUAGGUUGGUUUCAAAAUUUCAUUUAGUAUACUGUGCUAUGUACCACUGGGGCCUGUUCAAAGACAAAAUCAAAUUAAAAUAAAAUUUAUCUCUGUACAAUUUAGUGUAUGUUUAAAUGCAAAAUUACACAAUUCGUUAGGAAAUAAAAUGCACACUUGAACUGCACAUUUAUCCAUAACCAUUUCCCCCUUGAGUUUCCUCUGAAAACAACGUGGUGUAUUGUUUGUAAACAAAUUUGUUUAAUUGUUUAACACGUUAGGCUGUCAGAGUUGGAGACUGCUUUGGUUGAGGAAUGUGACUUCAGAUCUCUCAGGAAUAUUUGCAAAGGGAGGCCUGUGCCAGAACAUUUGAGGGGAGAAGUUUGGCAAGUAUGUGUAAAAAAUUCUCCAUGCAGUGCAUUCAAUUUUUAAAAGAAACAAAACAUUAUUAAUUUACUUUUUGGUAGCUCAUGUCAUGAAACAUUGUAUCUCAAUUUUUAAUUUUUUGGUUUAAAAAAAAAUGCAUCUCUAUAUUUGUAGAUCUUAAAUUUAAUUUUGAAAAGGCUCACAUUCUCCAAACUCGGGAAGGCUCAUUCUUUCACCCAACUAAAUUUACUGAGCAUUAUAGGGAAAUAACAAAAUAAGUAAUUUCUUGCUCUUAAUCUAUUAAGCAUUAGAUAUCUUUAUGGUUUUUGCAUUUCUGCUAAAAAUCCAGAGCUUGCAUUAAUUGCUAACAACUAACAUCAUCCUGGGCUUUGUAUUAGAAGAAAGUUUAUAUGUUGCAUUAUACUUUGAUUUACAGAUAUGCCUGGGAACAGUUGGUAAAGAUGCUUUGUCUGGUUUUGAUGGGUUGUAUGACAUGGAGGGACAAGGACAACUACGGGAAGAUUGUAAAACUUUAGUAGGUACGGGAACUAGAAAUGGAGAGCAUGUAUUUUUUCAUGUGACUGAGAUAUUAAAAGAAAAAUUGAAAGGGGUUAAUGUUAUGGUAUGUUAUAUGAUUUCAUCAGACUAGUAAACCUUUGGCAACUGCCACUUUCAGCCAUUGUUACCACUGUUCGGCACGUUCAUUACACAGUACUAUACAAAAUAAAUGUACCCUUCAUCACUUUAGUAAAAUUUUAUUUUCCUCUAGAGUGCUUUAGAAUAUUCUUUACAAAAUAAAAAUUAUUUUUUCAUCUUUAAACUUUCACCAAAUUUUCUUGUUUAUGACACAAACUAGUCUCCUGUUUUUAUCCUUAGUGCAUUUGUAUAUAUACGUCUCUUUGCCACUGUAAAAGUCAUGCUGUGUGAAAUUUUUGUGGGGCUAGAGAGAGUGAAUUUGUGGGUUUGUGUCAGUUACAAUAAAUUUAACACAUUUAAUUAUUUUUCUCUUCAUAUCUUAAUUAUUCUGUGGAAAGAUAACAUUAAUCCACAUCUUAUUUUUUAAUGUAUUACAUCACCUUAAUAUUAUUAGGCAAACUUGGCAAUGACGAAGAGGAUAAAGUUUCAAUAGUUAGUGACUUGGAGACAACAGUGACAUAUUAUUGCAAGUCCAGAGGUCUCAAGUAUGCCCAUGGUAAUGGAUGGAUGGACAUGCUCCAAGUUUUGUUGGCCGUGAAGAUGAGCCAGUCAGAAUUGUACAACUGUUUUUAUUCUAUUCACAACAAAUACAUACCACAGUGAGUUAGAUCAUGCUUUAUUUGGUUUAUUAAAUCCUUUAUAUUAACUUUGUUUUUGUGUGGUUAGGGCAAAAUGUUUGGCUGGCUAAUUGACACACUUCCUGUCAACCUAUCAAGCUGAAACUUGGCAUAUAGAUUAUUUGGCAAUAACAAUACAUUCUAUCCCCAACUCCCAAAAUUCAGUUGUUUUUUUCUGUUUUUCAAGGGGAGGAUGAAGGUAAUAUGAUGUCACUAAUUUCAUCAAAUAAAAUUCCAGAUAACUGCGAGAUUCUUAAAAAGAAAUAUGCAAGUGUAUUUGAUGUGUAAUAUUUUCUUUUUUUUUUUUUGAAAGAGUUGGUGAAAUAUAUUUGUGGUUUAAAAGCAGGUGGGGCAUUAGAGUUUUGAUAUAAAAUAAAAUAACUACAAAAUGCAUAUAAAAGCUUUGUGUAUAAACUUCAUUUUUUGGGGUUGUUUAUUCUCAAUGAAAAUUCACUGCUGUGUUAUUUUGGAAGCUGUUUUAUUCUUCUUUCAAGUGUACUUGGUAGAAAGCAUUAUUUUUCUUGCCACAGCCAAAUCUGUUAAAGUAGGUUGUUGGGGGUUCUGUGAUUCAAUGGUUGGUGCCUUUAGUGAUUACAUCAAACUCAAACAAUGACAUUUCAACUGCAGGCUGUCAAUGCUGAACCAGCUUUAAAAAUAUAUGUAAUAAAUCAUUCUUACAACCAUUUGAUUUAUGUUGCUCGGGUAAUUCUCUUUUAUUUUCCUUGUUUUUGUCUAGUGGAUGUAAGAAAAAUGGGAAACCAUUUCAUCUUUUUCGACUCCUGCUUCAGUACCAUGACCCAGAGUUGUGUUCUUAUCUAGAUACACGUAGAGUUACCCCUGAUCUUUAUGCAAUGUCGUGGGUGAGUUGUCUGUCUCUUAUUCAUUUUUAUGUAAAAUUUUUGCAGCAGGCUAAUUCACAAGUAGUGCCAUUAUGGUCCUGUUAUGAGACGGUGCCUUGAAAGUGUCUCUUUAAGUGACAGCAUCUGUUUUGGGGCACUGUAGAACUGUACUCAGGAUCAAAGUGAAUAUGUAUUUUCUUGAUCUGCAAUCUUUUAAAAUGAAUAGUUUUUAUAGAUAGAUCUGUAUCAAAGUUGAAAACAUAGCAGAGCAUUUUCCUAAAGUUUCAUUCAUUAAACAAUUUGCACUACUUGCUACUGAAACUUUGAUUUAACAGUUCAACAGCUUGUUUGGUGGAGUUUGUGACCUGCAUGUGUGUUUAGCCAUGUGGGAUGUGAUAUUUCAACACGCUGAUCCAUUCUUGGAACUUUUCAUGGGACUGGUCAUCCUUGUCAAUGCCAGGUAAGGCAGGAUGUUUAUUUUUAUCUAUGAUAUUUAAACUUACAAACCUGAAGCAAUGAUUAGAUAUUAUCCUGCCUUUUUAUGCGGUGUGUUUUUUUUAAAAAUUAAUAUAUAGUGAAUUUAUCAAAAUUGUGCAAAAAUAAAUCUUCAAAUUUGCUCUCUUAUGAUUUUGUCAGUGAUUUGGAUUAAGUUUCCUAAGGGUCUCAUUUUAUAUUCCCAUUUACAGUAUUGAAUUAGGCCUACACAGCAUCACAGAGUUUUUGAAGCAAAUCUGUAAUUUAUUAUUCUUAAAAAUUGGUCAUUAAAUUAAAAAGUGUUAAAUAAUUGACGUACAAGACAGCUACUAAUAUGUUAUAGAAUAUUUCUGUUGAAUCAACGUCAUUACCCCCCCGAAAUGAGCAAUAACCCAAGACCUUAAACUGUGGUAUGUAGAAAAAAAAUGUUGCCUGUUAAAAAGCUUUUUUUUUUGGCCAUUUCCAGAGACUCUAUCCUAGAACAUAAAGAACAAAGUAAAGAAGAAUUAAUUGGUAAGCAACUGCCACCACCUAGUUUUAGAAGUGCAUUCUGUGGCACAUCAUAACCGUUGUUUGGGAAUUAUAGUAAUGUUAAAUGUUAACCUUAAGAUGUUGCUUCUGUCAUAAAACUACAUUUGCCUUUUUUUGUGUGUUUUUACUUUCUAGAGAAUAUCGCCUCAUUUCCACAAGCUCUUGAGGCUGAAGAUAUUGAAGAUUUCUGCUCCCUUGCACAGUAUUAUGCAACAAAAACUCCACAGUCCUUUAGAAGGGUAAUAACACUUUCAUAUAUGUACAUGAAUUGUUAAAGAUGUGGGUCCACCCAACUAUAAAAGAUACUCUGAUCCUGAACCUCUAAGGUUUUCCAAAAUAAAUAAAGGAAAAGAGAUAUGCUUAGGCUUAAAAAGGAGAGACAAGACAUUUUAAACUUUUCCAAUGUUUAUUCCUCAUAGUUUUCGCAAUGUCUCUUCCCCGAGACCGUCUCUGGUUGGUAAUAAUUCCUACCAGUUUUUUAACAAGCAGAGUAAAUAAAAUAUCUUUAAUAUCUGAGAGGUUAUCAGGAGAAUCUCAAAGGAAGAAUCUGCAUGCUUUUGCAAAACCUUAACUUGAUGCAGAUGUUUCUGUGUAAAUGACUGUAAUCCGUGUACCGUUUCAGGACUACCAGCUGGCAAUGUUUGGCAGUAGUGUGGCAGCCCAGAAGGAAUCAGAGAACAACAUGUACAUGGACUCCCUGUGUCUGCUGGUGUCAGGGGAGGAGCUACUGCAGGCCAAUCAGAAUCAAGUCAUCAAUGUAUUUCAGACUGACAAUUAAAAUAGAAAUGUUUUGUUGUAUUCCAGUAUAAUUGAUAAUUGAUUAACUAGAAAACUAACAAGGAUAAUGCAGUUAUUUAAAUGUAUAUAUAUAUAUAUAUGUAUAUAUAUAUAUAUAUAUAUAUAUGAUCCAAAUGUUUCUACUGUUUAAAAAGCAUUAACAUAAAAAAACUAACUUAUCUUACAUCAAUAAUAAGUUUUUUUUUAUUUUUGCAUAAUUACAGACCUGUUUACCCCUACAAUUUCAUCAUAGUAACAACUUUUUCAGCCUAAGACUACAGCCUGAAAAAACUACCGCUCAAUAUUUUUAAAAUUUAAAAAAAAAAAAAAAUUAAUUUAUAAAAGGUAAAUUUUCAGUGAAAAGUUACCAUAUUUUUUUGUUAUCAAUCUGAUAACGAUGACAGUCAUUGUCCUUAACAGUCUCAAUCCAAUUUCAGUGAGCCAAAUAUAAUGUUUAACUUUCCCCCUAUCUCAUUGACCAAAUGGACACUACAAGUUUGAGCUUGAGACUACAUUUUUUAAGAGCUGAAAACUACCGUGACACUAACCUAGGGGUAAGCAGGUCAGCAUAAUCCAAUAAGAGCACUAUCAUUGAAGUGAUAUCAAAUGUAUAUGACACCAAGUUCAGGGUUUAUGAAGUGGUAUGCAAAAUUAAAACAUAUAGGAGUUAAGUAACUACAGGCAAUAGAGUAUUGAUGUGUUUAGAGAGCAUUUCAUGGUUGGAUGCUUUUUUAAUGAUAUCUGUGGGUUUUUUUUUCUUCCAUUUAACACCAAGACUAAAAGCAGACCACAGAGGCCAUCUGUUGAAAACGUGCCGAUCACUUGAUUUGUUCAUCUCUGGUCCUAAUGGCUUUUGUUUUUCUUUUUAUUUAAGGAAGACACAGUGAGAUAUUUUGUUGUGGACUGUAGACCAGCUGAACAAUACAACACAGAGCACCUCAUGACAGCUUUCCAUCUAGAUUCAAAUUUGGUGAGAACAUUCACAGAAACCAUCCAUAUCUUUUUUUUUUUUUUUACAAGUUACAGUGUGUCUUUCCACUCCAUUUCAAUGUAUUGAUGACAGGAAUGGAGUGAAGACAGUUUUUUUGUCUCAUGAUGCAUGUUAAUGUUGAGAACAGUGUAAAAUACUUAAAUUGUAAAGAGAGUUCAUUGUUGUGUUUCAUAGAUAAAAGUAGCAGGAUGGGGUAGUUAUACAUUAGUGAUUUGAUUAGUCAGUAUAAAUGGGUACUGAUCACAGUUAUUCAUUAUAAGAAAACUAAUGAUGCUAGAUAUUUAAUACCCAUGUGGUUUGUGCCCUCAUUGAAACAUGAAACAAAGCAAAAUAUUAGAAAGUGGAAAUGUAACAUGUCAGGUUCGACAUUGGUGAAAAUCCAUUUCUUUAUAAUUUAAUCAUAGACUGGCCAUAUAAUCAAUCAUAGAUUAACCAUAUAAUCAAAGACAGACCAUAUAAUCAUUAGACAAGCCAUCUACAUUUUGGAUGUGAUGAAAACACAGUAAUGUCUUGUCUUCAUUUGCUUCUCCUCAGAUGCUCCAAAACCCAGAAGAGUUUAAUGUGGCCGUGCAAGCUUUGUUUACAGCUCAGGCCCAAGCACUUGCUGCAGGUCUGGCUUUAGUCAAUGUCAUAGAAGUUGAUAUUUUAGUUUAAUUAAGAAAUAAAAUAAACAAUCAAAAUGAUCAGUUCCUACUCACUAGAGGAAUAGUUCAUAAUUUAUUAUUUUAAAGAAAAGGUCUCUUGUUAUUGGCACAAGACACUUUCAGGGAUUCUGUUAUUUUGUUGAUUUUUUUUUUUAUUAAAGAGGACACAUUGUUCAAGAUUUCCAUGUUUUUAAAAAUUAAAGAGAUAUAAAUCUUAAACAAUUUUUUGAUUUGGUAAAAAAUUCACUAAUUUAUUAGGUUUACUUUAAUAGUUUGGUGUCUAAAAUUUUCUUUUAUUCAUUGUGGACUGCUAAAAAAACAUAUUUAUUCAUUAGAAUUAGAUACUGACUUGACUGCAGUCAAUGGUAUUCUUUAAAUCUCUUCCUAAUGCUGAUCAAGCUGUCUUGUGUAUUGCAGGGUCAGCAGCAUCAGGUGAACACCUUUGCUUCAUGGGAAGUGGUAGGGAAGAGGAAGACCAAUAUGUCAACAUGGUUGUGGCCAACAUAUUGCAGAAAGGCAAACAAUAUGUAUCCAUUGCCAAGGGAGGCUAUCCUGGUAAAGUCACCAUAAGAUAAUCCUUGUUUAUCCACAAUAUCAACCAAGUACCAGUGCUUCUGUGAAAGAACUUUAUAAAGUGUUAUUUAAAUUUAUGCUUUGUAGAAAAAAAAUUGUUGCUUAUUUUUAAAAAAAUAAAAAAUUUAUAACCAUUUAAUUCACAGCAAUUCACAACAUUUUAAAAGCCACGUCACAAAAUGGAGGUAUGAACUUCGACCUGGUGGUCUCCCACAACAGUGAUAAUAACUCAAACCACAGUGGCAGUGGCCUGGGAGAGGGGAUGAUGAAAGGUGGUCAAAGACUGGACAAAAAUUCUAUGAAAUAUGUGAGCAUUAGUGUUUAGUAGAGUUAAUUUUUUUUUAAAUCCUCAGUGUUGAAAUGGUCUUAAACUGGACUUAAGAUUACCUUUUUAAUUAGUAAAAGAUUCUGCAUCCACUUGUCAGGCCAAAUAUAAUUUCUCAUUUGUAGGCUUAUAGUUUAUGUUAGUUUUAUUUCCUUAGUAAAUAUUAUUUGGUAACCAAAAAUUUUAAUGAAUUCACGCAAAUGAUCAUGCAUAAAAGAGCCACUAUUUUAUUGUGUAUAUAAAUAUUUUAUUGAAUUACUCAUUUGUUAUAAAAUUAUGUAAAAUUCAAAGAAAAUGUGCUUAAAUUAGGAGCAAUGUACAUUCUAUAAUUUCUUUCAUCAUUUGCUUUAACAUGAUUUUUAAAAUUUAAUAUUGUAUAGUUUUCUAAAGAUCUUCUCGGCAAGCUCUCUGGAGUGGUCAAAUCAAAAUCUGCAGAGAUGAAGGAAAAAUUAUCCAACUAUAUCAAGAAUGAUGGUGCAGGAGAAAGGUAAGACACUUUUUAUGUAUCUUUUGGCUCAAAUCUUUGUACAUGUCAAAUGUGGACAACAAAGAGGGUAUCAUACUGUUUGGGAAUACACCUUUUAAAUAUAGAUGGAAUUAACAUUUGAUGCUCAUCAGCUUUUAGCAAUUUAUCAAGAUUGAACAAAAAGUAGGGAAGUAAAAUUGGUUAGUUAAGUCAUCAUAGUUAAAUAAAUGCUGAAAAAUAAAUAUAGGGUGAGUGGGAGCCAGGCUUGAUACAUAUACAUUUUUUAAAUAAGGGUCAAGCAGGUGUAUAUAAAAAUAGUUAUAUGAUCUUGGUUACAAAUUUAUAGUACAUGUAGAGUUUUAAAAAUACUAUAUUGAUGUACAGUGUAACAAUGUAAUUUUUAUAAUAUGUUUUAAUUAGAUUUUGUUUUUUUCCUGUGGCUAUUCCAAUCUUGUUGUUUUAUGUAUUGCACAACUGCAUAUGAUGCUCUUUAUAUUAAACCAGGCAUGUGAGUAGUGCUGAGAGGACUGGUAAGAGGUACAGAAACAUGGCCAAUGUGUUUACUAUUGGAGAUGAUGAUGAAGGUGAGCCCUUUAUUUCAGGUUAUUUUAUGCUUGUGUUGAUUUCAAUUCUGGAUUAUGUGAAAUCCUACCUGAUUGAAUUCUAAUUAUCCUGCCUGAUUGAACUGCUAAAUAUCCUGGCUGACUGAACUGCUAAAUAUCCUGCCUGAUUGGACUGCUUAGUAAUUUAGUCAUUUAACUUAUGAAAAGUUAUGUUGUGACUAAUGCCCUGAUAAGGAUGUUGUAAUUUAGGGUGCAUUUGUUAAUGUUUACAAACUCUACUGAAAAGUGACAGAUGCCCUCAUUUUUGUCUGCUUAUAACAGAAGCAAACACCCAUUGUGGUUGUUUCUUGUGUACAUCUUGAUGUAAUAUUUUGAUGUAAUAUUUUCUGUAAAUGUCUAGCAGCAUUAUGACUGUUGGUGAAAAAAUGCUACUAUCAAUUUUUAUUCCCAACUAUAGUUGAGGACUGCAGUGCUGUGGACUCGGACGAAGAGGAUCAGAAUCGUGAAGUGGUCAGCCUGGAGACCUGGAUUCAGAAACCAGAUGUUGUUUACUCGUGUAGGUGUACAGAGUACCGGCCAAGUGGGCAAUCAUUUUCAAGGUAGGCUUUUAUGCCAGUCUUAGAAUCAUUUAAUUUUCAUAUGGUCAAUGACAUACAUUUUGCUGUUGUCGUGCACUAGGAAAAAUUGAAUUUACAUCAUUAAAAGAAAAGAUUUGGUGAUGUGCAUGACUAAAAGUUUUGCCUAGACAGUGAUGUAAUUCCAAGAUUUAGUAAUUAUGGUCAAUGAGUUACAGACAUAUCAGGAAAUAUGUACAAAAGAAAUUUUUGUAUAAUUAAAAUUGUUAGACGUAGAUUUAUUAAUUUAGGGAAGGUUCGAGUGACAAAUAAACUUUUAAAUAAAAUUUAUUUUGUUUUUGUGUUUUUUCCCAUUAUUUCACUUUGAAAGAAACUUCUUUUCAAACAAAUUGUAGUCAAAAAUUUAUCAAAACAAAUUCCAUUCAUAGAAAUUCCCAGUAGCCAUUUUUUACAGAGGAGCUUUAAUUUUCACAAAGAGCCUGCUGUCUUGUAUGAGGUGCAAGUUAAAACGGAUAAGCGAUGUUAGCUGCACAGCUCUUUCACCUGUUCAUCCACCUUAAUAAUUAGAAACAGCUAUUUUUUUAUAUUCCAGAUAAUGUCAGUGCUGUUAGUUAAAGAUUUUUUUUAGCGAAUAUUUAUAUAAGACUUAAUUAUUUAUUUUUUCAGUUAUCUCCUGGUAACCUUAAGUCAUCUAUACGUCUUGCGUGAAAUCCCCUCUCGAAAAGGCAUGGCUGUAAUAAUUGCAAGAAAGGCCCUUGGGACGGUUAUUAAAAUAACUUCCAAGAAAAAGCAGCCAGAACUGAUUACAAUAAAAUACGGAACUCAUGAGGAUGACGGAUUUCACGUCACAGAUGUUCACAGGUCAGCCAUCUUUUUUUUCGUAAGAUCAAUUGCCUUUACCCUUCAUUUAAAAAAAACAACUUUUAUCCCACUUGAAAUGAGCAUGUUUGGUUGUAUCAUGUUUAAUGGCUCAUACCUGUUACAGUUAUCUUGAUUUCCUUUGUAUAACUCGAUGCUCUAACCUAUUUGGCUGAUCUUUCACUUACAAAUUCUUUAUAUAAUAAUAAUUAUAAUAAUAAAGUUCAUUUCAAAAACACGCUUUAAAUAUUUAACAUACACCUAUGCAACCAAGAAUUGCACUAAUAAACAAUCUAUUCAAAUCAAGUAACCCUACACAUAUGAGAGUUGUAAAUACUUUGUUUUUAUAUUGGCCUUCAAAAAGAUUGAAUGUAUUGUUUAUAACAUAUUUGAAGACUGAUAACAAGAACUUUGGAUGUCAGUGCCAGUCACUCCGUAUUUUCAGUUUCAAUAUGCCACUUAAGUUGCUGAAAUUUUUAAAAUCCUUGUUGUGUUGUAUUUGAGUAGAAUCUUUAUCCUUUUGGUUAGCGGCACUAAGAUAUUGAGGGGGGAAAAAGUGCUAAUUUUAUUUCACACCAUCCUCUUACUGUGACAAUUUAUUUUAAAGUUUUUAAUUUUGAUUAAAUUCAUGUGUGAAAUGUUAUGUUACUUCCUAUUUACUUCUGCACUAAUUAUCUUGAACUGAGUUACCUUUAUUAAAAAGUUACAAGCAGUGAGUGAAUCAGCCAAUAUCUAAAGUCACCAAUUAAGUACCUUAUCAUCUUUUAAUAUCAACUAGCUCAUUAAAAAUAUCUCACAGUUGCUUUGUUAUUUUAGACCACUUAAUUUAAUGUUAUCACUUUCGCCAUAUGAAAAUUGCACAAGAAGAACCAUGCUAAAUUUAAAAAAAUUAACGUUACACAAAAAACGAAUAUAUUUUGUUCCCCUCCCAGGUUCUACAUUCCGACCGCCUCAGACGCCACCCGGGUCAUCAAACAACAGAUAAUGAAAGUACUGGACGCACUCGACAGUUGACACAGCUCACUAUGAGAACUUGCAAGUUAUCCCUGUCCCUUCUGAGUACAUUUCCUUUCAGUGUUGUAACCCUCCUACAGACAUGAUAACACUUUUUUUAUUUCCUUCAACUAACAAGAAGGAAAUAGAAGUAUUUUCACUAUGUUUUGCUUUGUGAAUAAAAAAAAAAAAGCCAUAACUUUUAGUGAAGAAUGUUACAUAGCAAAAUUCUUAUUUGCUUAUGAGGGAUUUUAUGUAAAUAACGGUUCAAAUAUCUUAUAAUUUUUUUUUUUUAAAACAGAGUUAUUCCACCUAUCCCGAGCUAAAAAAGAAUUUUCUUUGUUUUCAAAGUAGUAAAUCGUCAUCAUCAUUUGCACAUGAUCUAAACUGCUCCCUUCUGUCUAGUCAUCAUAUGCACAGUGUGCAAAUUAUUGCUGCCGACAGAGUGAAGUUGAAACUGUCAGACCAUGCCUCAUCGGAUUUUUAUUCAGUAAAAACAGUCAUGUCUGUCCUAUACAAAAAUCUAUUUCUAUCUGCCCUAGACAACAAUCUUUUUUUAUCUGCCCUAGAAAACAAUAUAUUUAUAUCUGCCCUAGACCACAACCUAUUUCUAUCUGCCUUAGACUACAAUCUAUUUUUAUCUGCCCUAGACAACAUCCUCAGCAUGUUGGCAAUCAUUCAAGUGAGUCGUAUGUAUUUCCAAGAUGCAGCCUCCUCCUCCAUUUCAGACCCCAACUUAGUUUAUUUGUACAAAUCUUAAAGACAAUAUGCUACAAUCCCUGAUGUUAUUUUUUUCUUAAUUUGUCUUUUUUUUUUUUGAAUCAGGGCAUUUGUGGCACUUAGAUUAAUGAGAUAGUCAGAGCUUCACCACUGGCAUCUUGAGUUUAUUAACAAAGAGGGCUUGCCAGAAUGUGACAUGAAAUUCCUCUGUAACUUGUAAAUAAAAACCUUCAUUGUGAUACAAUAUUAAUGCACUGUAAAGUUCAUUUUGAAUGUCAUGUCUUGAUAAUGCUAUGUGUAAAGUUGUGCAUAGAUGGUGUGACUGUACAAUGAUCAAAGGGAAUUAACCAUGUAAAUAAAAAUUAACUAACAAAGCGGGCUUACUUAUCUUUUAUUCCUUUUUCAAACUGUCAUUUGUGGUGUGUGAAAAAAAACAUAAUUAUUUGUAUUCACUUUAUAUGACACCACUUGGUUAUC